AUGGACUGCUACACGGCGAACUGGAACCCGCUCGGGGACUCUGCCUUUUACCGGAAAUAUGAGCUGUACAGCAUGGACUGGGACCUGAAGGAGGAACUCAGGGAUUGCCUGGUAGCUGCUGCGCCCUACGGGGGCCCCAUUGCACUGUUGAGGAACCCGUGGCGGAAGGAGAAGGCUGCCAGCGUACGGCCAGUGCUUGAGAUCUAUUCUGCUUCCGGCCUGCCUCUGGCCAGUCUGCUGUGGAAGAGUGGGACCGUGGUGUCCCUAGGCUGGUCAGCUGAAGAGGAGCUGCUCUGCGUGCAGGAGGAUGGUGGAGUUCUGGUAUACGGGCUUCACGGUGACUUCCGGAGACACUUCAGCAUGGGCAAUGAGGUGCUCCAGAACCGGAUUCUGGACGCCCGGAUCUUCCAUACUGAGUUUGGUUCAGGCGUGGCCAUCCUCACCGGGGCCCACCGCUUUAUUCUCAGUGCCAAUGUCAGUGACCUCAAACUCCGCCGGAUGCCAGAGGUGCCAGGUCUGCAGGGUGCACCUACGUGCUGGACCGCCCUCUGCCAGGACCGAGUUGCACACAUUCUUCUGGCUGUGGGGCCUGAUCUUUACCUCCUGGACCAGUCCGCCUGCUCCGCAGUGACACCUUUUGGCCUGGCGCCAGGAGUGAGCAGCUUCCUGCAGAUGGCCGUCUCCUUCACCUACCGACACUUGGCACUCUUCACGGACACAGGCUACAUCUGGAUGGGGACAGCAUCACUCAAGGAGAAGCUGUGUGAGUUCAACUGUAACAUCCGGGCCCCCCCGAAGCAGAUGGUCUGGUGUAGCCGCCCUCGCAGCAAAGAGAGGGCCGUUGUGGUGGCCUGGGAGAGGCGGCUAAUGGUGGUGGGUGAUGCGCCUGAGAGCAUCCAGUUUGUGCUGGACGAAGACUCCUAUUUGGUUCCUGAGCUGGAUGGGGUCCGCAUCUUCUCUCGUAGCACCCACGAGUUCCUACAUGAGGUUCCAGUGGCCAGCGAGGAGAUCUUCAAAAUUGCCUCGAUGGCCCCUGGAGCGCUGUUGUUGGAGGCCCAGAAAGAGUAUGAGAAAGAGAGCCAGAAGGCAGAUGAGUACCUACGGGAGAUCCAGGAGCUGGGGCAGCUGACCCAGGCCGUGCAGCAGUGCAUCGAGGCCGCGGGACAUGAGCACCGGCCAGACAUGCAGAAGAGCCUGCUCAGGGCGGCCUCCUUUGGGAAGUGUUUCCUCGACAGAUUUCCACCUGACAGCUUCGUGCGCAUGUGUCAGGACCUGCGUGUGCUCAAUGCCAUUCGGGAUUAUCACAUCGGGAUCCCCCUCACUUAUAGCCAAUAUAAGCAGCUCACCAUCCAGGUGCUGCUGGACAGGCUUGUGUUGCGGAGGCUUUACCCCCUGGCGAUCCAGAUUUGUGAGUACCUGCGCCUUCCCGAAGUGCAGGGCGUCAGCAGGAUCCUGGCCCACUGGGCCUGCUACAAGGUGCAACAGAAGGACGUGUCCGACGAGGAUGUUGCUCGGGCCAUUAACCAGAAGCUGGGGGAUACGCCUGGCGUCUCUUACUCUGACAUUGCUGCGCGGGCCUAUGGCUGUGGCCGCACAGAGCUGGCCAUCAAGCUGCUGGAGUAUGAGCCACGCUCUGGGGAGCAGGUACCCCUUCUCCUAAAGAUGAAGAGGAGCAAACUGGCGCUGAGCAAGGCCAUUGAGAGUGGGGACACUGAUCUGGUGUUCACGGUGUUGCUGCACCUGAAGAAUGAGCUAAAUCGAGGAGAUUUUUUCAUGACUCUUCGGAACCAGCCCAUGGCCCUGAGUUUGUACCGACAGUUCUGUAAACAUCAGGAGCUAGAGACGCUGAAGGACCUCUACAAUCAGGAUGACAACCACCAGGAGCUGGGCAGCUUCCACAUCCGAGCCAGCUAUGCUGCAGAGGAGCGUAUCGAGGGGCGGGUUGCAGCUUUGCAGACAGCAGCUGACGCCUUCUACAAAGCCAAGAACGAGUUUGCAGCCAAGGCCACAGAGGAUCAAAUGAGGCUCCUACGGCUGCAGCGACGCCUAGAAGAUGAGUUGGGGGGCCGGUUCCUGGACUUGUCUCUACACGACACGGUCACUACCCUCAUCCUUGGAGGCCACAACAAGCGCGCAGAGCAGCUGGCACGUGACUUCCGCAUUCCUGACAAGAGGCUCUGGUGGCUGAAGCUGACUGCCCUGGCCGAUCUGGAAGACUGGGAGGAGCUAGAGAAGUUUUCAAAGAGCAAGAAAUCACCCAUUGGCUACCUGCCCUUUGUUGAGAUCUGCAUGAAGCAACACAACAAAUAUGAGGCCAAGAAGUAUGCCUCCCGUGUGGGUCCGGAGCAGAAGGUCAAGGCCUUGCUUCUCGUUGGGGAUGUGGCUCAGGCCGCAGAUGUGGCCAUCGAGCACAGGAAUGAAGCAGAGCUGAGCCUUGUAUUAUCCCACUGCACUGGAGCCACAGAUGGGGCCACGGCUGACAAAAUUCAGCGGGCUAGGGCACAAGCCCAGAAGAAGUGA